AUGGAGUGGCAGGUCGUCUUACCGGACAUGGACUGGCAGGUCGUCUUACCAUGGAGCGACAGAUACGCCACUGGCACGGUUGUCAAUGGCUUCGUCUGCUGGGAUGGGAAGUUCUGUGUCGUCAAUGUACUGCAAUGCAUGCUUUCUGUUUGGCUCUGGGCAGGUGAUGGUGGUGGUGUCGGGAGAUUCAUGCUGCACAAGACGUUCUCACUGCGCGCAAAUGUCAGUGAGAUCACCGAGUGUUCAGAAGAGGCUGAUGUUAGGAUGCGGCCUAUGGCAGUUAUCAAUGGCUUUGUGUACCUAUCUCUAAUUAUUGACUACUAUGGGGACCCUCGCUCUCCUGAGUGGUUCCUGUCCUUCUGCCUAGAAACAGCUGAGGUGAAUUUGCUCCAUAAGGAAAGCCACCCUAUCUGGUGGUCAGUUGAUCCCUACAUCAUGGAUGUGGAAACUGAAGUUACAGGAAACAUUUCUGAAGAUGAUGAUCCUAUGAGCACAGAAGAAGCUUCCCCUGUCCUUUUCACUGCGUUACAAUCAUUCAAAGAAAAAUUGAUUGAUGAUGGCAACUUGAAUUUCGCGGAGAUAGAGUUCUUUGUACCUGAUGAUGAGAGGAACUCUCUUCUGAGCUGA